AUGAAGCCGCACGCUCGCGUGCUGAUUUUGGCUGCCUGUUGCGCCGCCUCGUGGAGCUUCAAGUUGACCGAGAGUCCCAUCCAGUUUACCGACUCCGAGAACGAAACCGCCAAAAGGAUGAUUGAGGAGGUGGUGUCCGAAAACAUGCAGAGGGACAUGCACGACAUCAACGGGAUUCCGAACCCUGAAAAGGACAAUGAGAGCGAGAGCAAUGCGGGCAUGGGCGAGCUUGCAAAAAACUUGGAGUUCUUGCUCUUGAAGGUCGCGCAGCUCGAGACGGUGGCCGAGAUGCAUGAGGCAGCGAUCCAAGAGCAAGCCAAGGUGAUCCAAGCACAACAACACGAAAUCAAUACCUUGAAGGGCGAAAGUCAAAAAGAUGGAGCCGUCUUGCUGGAAAUGGAGCACAAGGACGCCCAGACACGAUUGAAUGAGGCCCAGGCCCUGGCGAAGAGAGUGAUGUUGAAGCAGACGCGCCAACGACAGACGCGUGAUUUCCACGAAGGUCUCCCCGCGGACGAGCCGCACGCAUCAGAUGAGGAACCGGAGGUAAACUUGGCGGCUGAGAGCGCGUCGUCCUCUCAGGAAGAGUCUGCAAGUUGGCCUUGGCAACAUCGCAGAAGAAGAUGGAACCCAGUGGAUGUUGCCAAAAGCGUAGCCGAAACGAUGGCUGACGGCUAUGCUGCUGCAAAGGACAAGGCAAAGUGGGUACGCGAGAACACCAUCAAUACAGUGGAGAAAGCCGUCAAAGUUCUCACCCAAGGCUUCUCAGAUUUUGGUGCCUCCUGUCCACACGCAACAUAUCCGAGUAUCACAAGCUUUACUUCUUCUGGGCUGCACAUCAACUUUGGAAGGCUUGAUUGCCGAAUCUCGCUGCUAGGGCAGAGCACAGGCUUGUUCGGAUUCAACUUCGGAUCAAAAUCCAUAGCGCUGCCUUCUGCGCUAAAGACAGCAGCCACCAUUGGUGGUGAGGUCACAAGUUGCAUGACAAGUCAUGGGAGAACUGCUAUGCGUUGCCUCAGCGACAAGACCACCGACGUCAUGUCCUGGGCGUCCGUAAGGACGAUCGGCGGAUGGAUCCUUAACCCCGUUGAGGGCUUCCCGUCCUUGGCGACCGUGGCCAAGCUGGGUGGUGAGCUCGCGAGCUGCACACAAACUGGGCCCGGCAUUAUGCGUUGCCUCAGCGACAAGACCACCAACGUGAUGUCCUGGGGCUCCGUCAAGACGAUCGGCGGAUGGAUCGUUAACCCGUCCCACGGCUUCCCUUCCUUGGCGACCGUGGCCACGCUGGGUGGUGAGCUCGCGAGCUGCACACAAACUGGGCCCGGUAUUAUGCGUUGCCUCAGCGGCAAGACCACCGACGUAAUGUCCUGGGGCUCCGUAAACACGAUCGGCGAUUGGAUCAUCAACCCCGCCCAUGGCGUGCCCUCCUUGGCGACCGUGGCCAAACUGGGCAGUGAGCUCGCGAGCUGCACACAAACUGGGCCCGAUAUUAUGCGUUGCCUCAGCGGCAAGACCACCGACGUGAUGUCCUGGGGCUCAGUGGGGAAGAUCGGCAAUUGGGUCAUCGACCCAAAGAGGGGUGUGCCGCCGUUAAGCCACCUGAACCGUCUGGGCGACAUCCUCGCCGAUGUCCUCGAGGGCUUCGGGAAGGUGGCGGCCUCGGUCGCAGGCCAGGUCCUGUCGGGCGGCAGCUCCCUCAUCCAAGAGGCCGUCCUUUCGAGGUUCCCGGCCGCCGGGGCCGCACCCGUGGUGCAUCACUCCGGGUCAAGCCUCGUGAUCACCACCCAUGCGCAAGAGCAUCGGCCGAAGAUGUCAGCCCUACAAAUGGAGGAAGCCGAUGGGGCAUCUCCCAAGAUUGAAGGAAUCGGUUUUAAGCUGCACAAAGAAGGCGGCCACUACCAGUCCAGAUUGGUCACGCAGUUCGAUGGCGACGAAAGGGACACGAGCUCCUGCCUGGCAUUCGCCCCGAAGAGCAAGCACGGGGCCAACGGGCAGGCGACCGAAGCGGACUGGCAGGUCCAGAACGAGAAUGACUUUGUGGCACUGGAUUCUUGGGCUGUGCCUUGUGGGUCCACGUGGAUGAAGAAGAACUGGGACAAGUGGCAAGGCUACUCGUUCUACACGGCAGAGGCGGCAAUUGAGAAGUGUGUGACGGUGUCUUUUAGCAUCAGCAUACAGCCCGUGGCGGCCUUUGUGGGCGGCGUGCAGUUCGAACUGAUGCCCAAGCCGCUGGCAUCAGUAGACACGACCGUGUGUUGGCCCACAGGGCGGCCUGACGGCCAGGACUUGAGCUUGCUGCGCUUGAAGAUCAAGUCCAGCGGCGUACCUCUCUUGACCAGGUCCAUCCGGCUGACCAAAAGGUACGGUGAGCCCAGCGACUUCACGGAAGACCAUGUGCAUCAGAGCACCGCAACCUGGAGCCACCCGAGCAUUCCAAGAAAGUCCAUUUCCCGCACGAAGCUCCUGGAGCUCCAGGAGAAUGCCGAGAAUGGCCAGGGCCAGAACCAGUCCAACGCCCAGGCCCGCCAGAAGGUGCUUGAUUGGAUGGAAGAGGAGGAGGACCUGUACCUGGCUUCCGCCAACUAUUCCCAAGACCUUGGUGUCAACUUGACCUCAGAACUGCGUGGAACAGCGGCUGCACGUCGCUUGAGCCUGACCGCUGCACAGUCCCAGGGAGUCUUCCAGCUCUUCAAUUUUGAGCACCCUGGAGAUUUGAUGAGUUUCAAGCUCACGGCCCUCUUGAACGGCAACAGCCUGGAGAUGGGUGCACAAAUGGGCUUCGGGCCUUCCCAGUCCGCAGAGAAGAGGUUCAAGCUGGUAGACAUUGCGAAGCAGUUUGCUGUGGUGCUGCAUGCCCUGCCCUUCGUGUCCCAAGCGAGCAGAGACAAGGCUCUCGAGGCCCUGAAGAGCUUUGCGAGCAAGGACUUGCCAACCGCAGGGCUCGACCUUCGGCUCCACGGGCUGUAG